AUGCAAGAAAAUAAUGAACUGAGAGGUGUUCUUAACCCACCUGAUGGAUCAAGUAUAGAAGGCAGAACAGGUCCCAAUGGAGCGUUACAAAUUCAGGCUGACUACUUUAAUGAAGCUAUUGGUGAAACCGUGGAACGCGCUACCUCUGCGGAAGGUACAACUGAGUUUAAUUCCCUCCUAGAAAGAAUUGACAGUUUGAAGGAAGCCAGGGAUAGGACACUAGAACAGAGAACAAUAGAGGAAGCAAGAGAGGCACAGUUGGAAGAUAUUGCUAGAUUACGUAGAUUUAUAGACUGGGUAGGAAAGGAAAAGGUGGGACUUGUGGGGAUAGCAGUGUCAACAGCUAGUUUAAUUACAGCCUUGUUAAUCCAUGCUAGGGGAGCCAUUGUGAAGACAGCAAAGGCCACUGGUAAAGUAGCAAAAGCAUUAGCAAAUUUAGCAAAGAAAGCAGGACCAAUUCUAGUUCCAAUUCUGAACACCAUUGCAACGGCGCUAUCAUGGGGAGCCAAAGGAAUUGCCUGGUUAGCGUCACACUUAUGGGUAUUAGCUAUAGCUGCAGCCUUAAUGGUAUACAACUAUUACACAAAGUAAAUUAGCUAUGGAGGAACACCAAGAGGAAUACGAUGACCAGAAAAUGGAGGAGUUGAAGGAAAAGUAUCCGAACUAUGAAGAAAUGGAUAUAGAAACUUUAGAUAGCGAAUUACCGUACCUUGACAAGGAUCUUAGGGAAAGCGAAACUACUGAGGAGACCCAGGAUAUUAACGAGGAAAUUAAUUACAUACAGGAACUGAGGAGGAGAAAAAUGUUGAGUGAAGACCUUACGAGAGAGCAAUUAGCUGAGAAAUACCCUGGUCUAUCUAAUCUAUCAUACGAUGAUCUAAUGGAUAGGGGAGACAGACUGUUAAAUGAAUUAAUACUAUCCAAUUUGGCUGAAGACAGUUUAAAAGAAAAGUCGGAAGAACUGAGGUACGUCAGAAUGCUAUCAAAUGAUUACCAAAGAGAGUCAAACUUAAAUAAACUUCUCAACCUAAGAGAUAAGGUGAAAAAGAGGGAUCUCAUUAAACGGGAUGAUCGUAGGAGACUGCAGAGGCUCAGGUUAUGGGCAAGGGAGAAUGCAGGCAUCUUAUCAGCUGUUCUAAUUUCCUCAUCAGCUGUAAUCAUAGGACUGGUAGCAUCAACUAGAAACAUAUUAUGGAAAGUAGGUGACACAACAGAAAAGCUCGAUAAGCGGAUCAGUGAGUUGGUAAACCACCAAAUAGAACUACCACCUGUAUUCCAGAAGAUAGCCGAUGGAGUAGAGUUAGCAGCGGAUAAUAUAUGGAUAAUUAUUGUAUGUGCAGCAGUAGUUUUACUAUACAUGAACAACUAA